AUGGAGAAGGCACUAGCCCUAGCUCUACUGGUGUCAGCUGCCCUACUCCUGAGAGCGCACCAGCCGGCGAGCGCCCAGGUGUUCUGCCGGUCGCAGUUCAACCUGGCCAACGAGGCGUGCAGCAUGCGCAACUUCAUCCCGGGCCCCGGCGUGCGGCGCGGGGUGCUGCCGCGGCUGCAGCAGCAGCUCAACGAGACCUCCGUCGAGCAGCAGCACCGGAGCGGCGACGACGACGACGAAGAUGCCGACAGCAGAAGCAGCAGCAGUAGGCGGUCGUCGCGGCACCGGCACCAGCACCAGCACCGGCACGGCGAGGAGGGGAGAGGUGAGGACCCCCGCGACACGGCGUGCUGCCGCCGCCUCAUGGGCCUCGACAACUCGUGCGUCUGCCAGGCCACCGCCCGGCUCCCGGCCUUCAUGAACUCCGUCAGGCACGCCAUCACGCUUACGCCCAUCGAGGGCUGCGAGAUCUCCUUCGAGUGCCCCGGCCCGCUCUUCUAG